AGUGGCCGGUUGGUGUGCCCAUCAUUUGUAAUGGUGUAGUUUAGUUGGAAAAUAAUGAUGAAGUGUUAUCAUCAUUUAGUUCUGCAUGCAUUAUGCCUUUGUCCUCCAUAAAUUUGCGGUGGCUUAAUCAAUUAGUAGAUAAGCAAGCUACAAAUGAACCCAAAAAACGAUAAUAUGGAUAUCUCCUUGUCUAUCCUCGUUUUCCCAGCUUGACAGUCGAAAAUAAGGUACGCACAAAAAUUUUGCAGAGUUUGCGUCUUUCUCCUCUCGUUCGUAUUUACAAUGUAUGUUGCAUAUCGGUAGUACAGCGUUUGUUAAAACUACAUAAAUAUGCAAAUGUACGGCCACAUCACCGGCACGGCACCGGCCAACUUGCUCCGAUAAGAUGUCAACUUGUUAUCUAGCAAAAAAGGUUUUUCCAUUUUCCAUCAUCUCCAUUAAUUCGAAUCCGAUUGGUUGAUUGGUUCACAUAUUGCAAAAUGCACAGACAAAACAAAAUACAAUCUUUUGCGAAUUCUCCACUUUUGAUGUUAUUCAUCCCAACAACCUAAGAAAAUCAUCCAAAAACCGGUUUCGAUUUAUAUUUCAAAUAAAUAAUGUGUUUUUUUCCUUCAUGCAUAUUUGCAUAAAAUGAUCAAAUCCGUCCAUUCCCCAAAUAGAUGCGACUAAAUAUAGAAAAUUUAAACUUUGCAAAAUUAUUUCGUUAUCAACAUCCGAUAUUUAAUGCCGGGGUCAUGAAUCUAAUCUAAAUUUCAUGAAACCUAUUCUUAUGAUAAAAGAUUUAAACAGAUUUUCAUGAAUUUUUGGAUGACUAAUUAAGCAACUUGGAUUACUCACUCACUUUUCUGUCCAUCGACUUGACUAUAAUAAUAGCUCUGUUGGCAGUUAACUUGGUUAACGAUCAUGAACUCAAGAAAAGUCAUCUCUCAUGAAACUUCAUUGCCAAACCGAACGAACAAAGUAAAGCAGUAAAAGAUGAGAAUGGGAUGAAAUGAGAUCAGGCCAUUGGGACUGCACAAUCAACGCUCUCUAGAAAAAGCCCCGUCAAGUUUCCCUAGACAGACGGACCCUUCCAUAUCUACACAUUGUUAUCAUCUCAUAAGACACUUAUCAUCAUCUUUAUCAACAUCACGGAUGAUAAGCCCUCCUGCGCGACGAGAUAGUUGCACUUCCUCCUUCAUCUCAACAAGUGGAAAGAUCUUCAAACUCCGCGGCCCUGGCUGCCAUGCGCAUUCAUUCCUCUCGUCCACUCUUCUUCGUCGCCUCGUGCUCUCCGGCUUAUGUCCCACUAAAAGUCUGCUCCUGCUGCUGCUCACCAAAAAUCCACCACAUUUCUGCCUCUCUCUUUCUCUUUCUCUCUUUCUGCGGCUAAAUCCCCCCACUUUUUUUCACCACAAAUUCUCACCAACUGCCACUUACUCCGAGAGAACCACACCCACACGCUAAUCAGCAGGGAAGGGGCGAGUCAGCAUGGCUGAGCACGGGCAGCAAGAGCAGUGCGGUGCUGCUGGUGGGUCGGAUGACGAGUUUGAAACCGUUGUGAGGAAGAGGCAUUCGAAUUCGCAUGCGAACAAUUAUUAUAAUAAUAGUCAAAAGUUUCGAGGAGGAAUGGAUUAUAGCAACACAUACAAUGGUGGCGGUGGCGGUGGCGGUGGUGGUGCUGGACGCGGUCGAGACAGGGAAUGUGGAGGACGAGAUUUCAGAAGUUCUUCGAGCAGUAAUAAUACAAACAACAGCAGAAAUUUUCGAAGAAAACCGUAUCGAGAGAGAGACUUUCAUUCAGAAAAUAGACGAUAUCCGCAUGGAGAGCACCGCGACAAUAAGUUACAACAGCAAAACAACAUAGUUUUACCAACAUCACAUAAUAGUAAUAAUAAUAAUCAACAAACACAGUUCCCCCAAACAAAUAAUCAUUCGUCUACUUCCAUUAGCAUAAUACACACAACUACGUCGACGACACAUAAUAAUACAAAUACUGUUGGUCACAUUAACGGUGGUGGUGGUGAACCAAGUAGUUGUACUAAUUAUGUGACAUUAAACAGCCGUUUAACAGUUACAAAUGGGUCUGUUUGUUCCGAAAGUGGAUCUAGUUCAGCAGAGUCAGUUCAUAGUAAUACCGGCGGCGUGGACGUUGUUGAUGCUCAGAUAAAUCAUAAUUGUCACGUGUCAGGGGGAAGUAUUUGCGGCAGUGCCUCAACCUGUGACACCGACCUUGCUCAAAUUAUUCAGAUUGAAGAAGAAGAGUUGAGAUCUCCUCUCGUCGUAGUUGCACCUCCGCCAGCCGUCAACCCGUGGAGGGUUAAUCCCAAUGCAGCUUCAGUAAUUACAAAAAAGUCUCCGGCAUUUCACAAACUGGCAUCGGCAGAAGCAGUCAACGAUGCCAACCCCACUCAGAUAUCGUCACAGAUGAAUAAUCAAACUCAGGAAAAUUAUAAUGCUCCUCGUUCCAAUUCGGUUGGGGGGAUGAAUAGCGGUGGUGGUGGGUUGAAAAAUACGUCAAAAAAAGAUAUGAUCAAGAAGAGAAACAAUGUACCCUUGCCAAAUAAUACAAAUAAACCCCGCAACAGCAGUAGUAGUAAACCAGACUUGAAACUGGAUAUGAGUCGAGAUAUGAAUAAUGUUUUGAAAGACGCUUCGCCAAUGAAUUCGCCAAUGUCACCGAAAGCUGCAGAACUUCCUUCGGAAAACGGUGCUGAUUCUCCAAAAGAUGCGGACAAGGGAGAAUGCUGUGAUCCCGAUAUUAUUGCUCAGCCGGUAGUAGAGGAACUUAUUAUUGCCCCCGCUCCUCUUCCGCGAGUGAACCCAUGGCAGGCAAACAAAAACGCAGUGUCUGUCAUCACUGGACGAAUUGAAUCAGCUUUGCCUAAAAUUACCCAGCAGCCCUUAUCGACUACAACGCCUUCCCCGCUAUUAACCCCCACUGUAGAAAAUAGAGCACGCAACACGGAAAUGUCAACAGGGAAUUCGACUGCUAAUACUAAGACUACACCACUGCUACAACCAACAACGUCUACAUUAUCUGAUACUGCCAAAACUCAAAAGACUACUAGUUUCGCAUCGUCGAAACCAACCACUAACGCUUCUCAAACUGCAAAUUGUACUUCUUUGACUGUUGCGGAAACCAAUGUACUUGGAGUGUCGGCAUCGACGCCUCGAUAUGAUACUACUUCGACUGGUGAAGAUAUGACGGACGGAUUGGCACAAAGUCAACACAAAGAUAUUCAGCCACAACAAGGGCCUAAAUUCCGUCGAGGCUUUGCAGCAGUUACAAAACAUCGCCACAAGGGGAUCAGUACUAACAGUGCACUAUCUUCAAUUCGAAAUUCUCCUGAGGACUGGCCGAGUUUACAAACAACUGUCACUGUGACAGUGCCCCAACCACAAGCCAAACCUGUGAUAUCGUUGCCUGUCUCCCCCGUGAAGAAGAUGGCUGGAGGAGCAAAUCAAGGAGGAGGAGAAGAGUCUACUGCCACAACGUCUAUUCCGGAGAGUGAUGAUAUUCUUGGACUUCAGAAACCAGAAACUCUGCCAACAAGUGCCAACAAUUGGCCUUCGAUGGUAAACACGAUUGUAUCAGGUGAUAACAAUAAAGAAAACAGUUUGGAGAGUGGGUGGCACAGUGGUUCCGAACUGAAUAAUGAAGAUACACCUUCUGAAGCUUCCUCUGGAGAAAUACUGACUAAUAACAAAGACUUAUUGCCUGACGAAGUAAAUUCGGGAAAUCAAAGUGAGAACGGAAGCUUGGGAUCCGGGAGUAGUGAUCAAUCUGUCGACAACGAGCUUGAAACUGAUGGCUCUGGGACAUCAAAAAAAGGAAAAAAGUCGAAACAGAAAUGGACAAAGUUGGAUCUUCCCCAAACUCCGUCUGCCAAAACUAGAUCGCGACAAGAACGGCAGCAAAGUAUGGAAAAGGAGCGAUUAGAAAAGGGAACAAUAAAUAAAGAAUCGGUGGAUUCUUUGCACCAAAAUGAGGCCAAACCCAAAUCUAAAGGGUCAUUCAAUAACAAUAACAACAAUAAUAAUAACAGCAAAGAUAAUAUUAUAAAUGCUAAGCUUGCGAUAAAAUGGUUCUUUUCCUCAGAUGGACCAAGUAAUGAUUCCCGACAAAACUAUCCGUCUCGAGGUCGUGGACGAGCCAGCGGAGUCCGGGGAAGGUCUGGACGAUCAGGAGGUGGUCGUGGUCAAUACUGGAGUUACAGGGAAAGUCCAACUACUGACAUCAUAAUAACUACACAACAACUUCAGGAUUACUUGUCUGUCGAAGACUAUCAAGACUAUCCUGCUGAUUACACCACUCUUCCGCCCUUGUAUCCCGUGACCGAGUUUGCAAUGCCGUAUGUAGGUGAACCGUUUUUUCAUCCUACUUCAGCACUAGCUACAACGCAAGAGCAAACAGGUUAUAGCUCCCCUCCAAACAACACAACGGAAGAUGGUAGUCCGUCCAAUUAUGAAAGUACGAUAUUGGAUUCAGUUCAAAAGCAAAUAGAAUACUACUUUAGUGAGGAGAAUCUGGGAAAGGACUUUUAUCUCCGUCGAAGAAUGGACCCCGAAGGAUAUCUCCCAAUCAACUUUAUCGCCACGUUUCCCCGUCUCAAGACAUUGACUCAAGAUCUAGCCUCUGUGAUUCAAGCGAUCCAAGCAUCGCAAGAUUUGGAGCUUACUGAAAAUUUCACCUACGUCAGAACUCGUAUAUCCCCCGAGAAAUGGCCCAUCCUAAAUGACGAUGCCCCUCCUGCGCCCAACUCGAACGCUACUUCACAACCCUUGCUGCCGACACCCACGUCGUCCGUCUCCCCGUUUGUAACCUACCAAUAUCCUCCCACUAGCAAUGGUUCUUGCGACAUGCUCUCUAGUGACUCCUCUAGUAGUAAUCACUCAUCAUUCAGUCCUUCUGGCAUCAACCUUAACCCAGAUGUUCCCGAAUUCGUACCUAAAUCCAAUAUAAACGUAUCCUUAACUGCAUAAUAUAAUAUAAUACGUAGGUUCUGUUUUAUGAUGAUGUCCAUUAAUGAUGAUUUGAUUGAUUAUCCAUUGUGAUGCUUAUAUUAUUGUUUGUUGUGGUACUUGGUACUCGGAAUGAUUCGAUAUUCGCAUUCAUUUAGCUUUUUAUUCGUGCAACGAAUGAAUGUUUCAGACUUAAGUGUGUGCUUUUCAGUUGAUUUUCAAUUUUGAUUGAAUGUUUUAACCUGAGGUGUGAUUCACCUCGAAUUUAUUAUUAUUAUUAUUAUUGUAGUUUGUUUUGUGGUAACGAGUAUCGAGUACUCACUACCACACGUAGUCUGCGCCAUGUAUUUUGUUGUGCUCAGUUAUUUUAUUUCAGAGUUUUUUGUCGUUGUACAUUUAGUAGCGAUUUGAUCUAGAAACAAAAAAAAAUAAUGACACAUCACACUCACUAUUAUGAAUUCCUAACAAAAAGCAAGAAAGUAUUCUUCUUAUUUACUUUACUACUACUGUUUUUUAGUUGGUCGUUUUUUCUCUUCUUGUAUUCAGAAUCUUUUCAUCUUUCUAACAAAUAUCAAUAUGAAAACAAUUUUUAAUAGUAUCUCUCUGCAGAAUAAAGAAUAAAAAAAUGUAGGUUUACUCUUGUAUCAACUAUAAUAUAUAUACUACUACUAUUGUUCCUAAAUUGAAAUUUUGUGUGAGAGAUCAAAAAAAGAUGAAUUACAAACUGCCUUACAGCAAUUAUGCCCUCAAUUAAUUAAUCAUCAUUACUUUAUAAACUAUUAAAUAAUAUAUAUAUAUAAAUAAAUAUAUAGAUGAAUACUAUUAUUACGCUAUAUAAUAUAUUAUAAUAUGAACUGUGUAACAAAUAGUCUGUGUGUAUGUAAUUAUAUACCGAUUUAUUAAUUACCAAUUCGUUAUUGACUGAUAUGUCAGAAGAUUAUUAUUAUGCAUCACAUACAGAUGAUGAUGGUUAGUGUUGAGAAAAUUCUCGAUAAUGUAGAAUAAAAUGCCAAUUAUUUCAAA